AGUCUGAGUCUCAGGCGGACUUUCAGCAGGACUCCUCCUGUCCCUCUGCAGGAGCACCAGAGGAAAACAACCCAGAAAGCAGACUAGACCUGCGGUGCAGGGGAUGCGCACGUGGGAAGAAGUUAAACAUCUCCAUGGGAAAAGCUAGAUGAGCGGAGAUUUCCAUCUGAAGCUGUUUUAUAUCACCUGUUCAGGUUGGUCAGUGCGUCACAUCAGCUGUUUUUGAUGUGUGGUCGCGCGCGCAUUCACUCUGCGUAAAUAAAGACUGGUCUGAGUCUGGUCUGGGCUGUUCAGGAUCUGGACUCCGUGAGCAGCUGGUCACCCUGAGCCUGAGAUCCCGGGUGUCUGUUCAGUGAUGGUGACGUCAGGAGCAGCGCGCGGGGAGAUCAGCGGUGAACGGACUCAGACCACGCAGUGCGCGCUUUUCUGAACUCCUCCAGCGGUGCUCGGUGGAGAGACGGGCUGAAGCGAACGCACUGGGACCGGACCGGACCGGACCGCGGCAGAGCGCGUCAUGAACAACCGGUCUCUGACUCCGAACGCGGGUCCGGCGCGGCUCGGUGGCGGCUCCGUGGAUCAUGAACUCAUCAUCACAUCUACCUUUGGGACGCUCCUGUCCGUGGUCUACAUCAUCGGGGUGUCAGGUAACGUGUACACGCUCGUGGUGAUGUGCCACUCCAUCCGGUUCGCCACCUCCAUGUACAUCUCCAUCAUCAACCUGGCCCUGGCGGACCUCCUCUACCUCUCCACCAUUCCCUUCGUGGUGUCCACUUACUUCCUGAAGGACUGGUACUUUGGAGACGUGGGCUGCCGUAUCCUGCUCAGCCUGGACCUCCUCACCAUGCACGCCAGCAUCUUCACGCUCACAGUGAUGUGCACCGAGCGCUACCUAGCCGUGACGCAGCCGCUUGACACGGUCCGGCGCUCCAAGAGCUACCGCAAGGCUCUGGCGUGGGGUGUGUGGCUGCUGUCCCUGGUCCUUACAGUGCCCAUGAUGAUCAUGGUGGCACAGACCUCUAAGAAGUUACCGGACGGGGGCGUGAAGAGGAUGUGCGCACCCACCUGGGCGCCUCGGGCUUAUAAGGUUUACGUCACGGUCCUGUUUGGGACCAGCAUCAUGGCUCCAGGGCUCAUUAUCGGCUACCUGUACGUCCGGUUGGCGCGCACCUACUUGGAGUCUCAGCGCAAAUCAGUGAUCAGUAAAGACAGCAGGAGGAGCCCCAAGCAGAAGGUCCUGAUCAUGAUCUUCACCAUCGUCAUGGUGUUCUGGGCAUGCUUCCUGCCCUUCUGGAUCUGGCAGCUCCUGCCCCUGUACCACACCAAGCCCCUGAGCCUGGCCUCGCAGACUCACACCUGCAUCAACUACCUGGUGGCGAGUCUCACCUACAGCAACAGCUGCAUCAACCCGUUCCUCUACACGCUGCUCACCAAGAACUACCGGGAGUACCUGAAGAACCGCCACAAGAGCUUCUACAAGUACACGUCCUCCUUUAAGCAGCGGCCGCCCAGCCUCCACUCCUGGGGCAAGUCCGGCUCCUCCAGCACGCAGUUCGACUUUAACUCUGAGGCGGUGGCCAUGGGAACGCUGAAGUGACACGUGAGGGGGAUGCAGGGUUCAUCCGAACAGCAACGCCCCCCCAAUCAUCCACGGAUGCUUCAGGGAAGGGUCGGGUCAGAAAUGGCGUGAGCGGGAUCACAGGUGAAGGACACGGUGAUGGCGUAGCGUGUGCCCCAUGUUACCUUUUCCACGCGGUGGAGGUUCUCCGACCCAGAAGAGAAGAAAGACACUCGUCCUGGGUUGAAAAGAAUUGAGAAGGACGUUUUAGGAGACUGAACCAUCACUG